UGAGGCAGGACCAGGGUGUGUGUGCGCAGGCGCUCUGCCUAUGCUGAGUUGCAGGUCUCAUCACAGGGCUGUAAUCAGUAGGGACGGUUCAGACUUUCCCGCCACGGAGGGCGGGGCAGAGCGGUUCAAGAUGGAGUCCAAGGCACACGGUGGAGGAGCCAUGAGGGCAGCCAAUGAAGAUGCAGGUGCCGUGGCCUCUGCAGCAGGCACAGCACAUGGUGGCCAAGGUGUGCCAGGUGGUGCUGGUGGCCGCCAUGGCCCUGGCGACCCAGCUGGCCCUGGAGACGCUGUCAGUCGAGGAGUCCCUGCUGGCCCCGGUGACAUGGCUGAUCCCAGAGACCCCAGCACUGCCGGAGAGUCAGGUGGUGCAGCCCGUGCCAUUCCGCAGAUCCCGGGGGCACCCCACAGACCAGGGCUUGGUGGAGACCCUGCACCCGGAGCCGGAGCUCAGAGUAACCUAGUCUUCCAGUUCACCCUUGCCGUGCCUUUCGCAACGCCUGGGCGGGCAGACUACGCCCGCCACCUCCUGACUCAACGUACUCAACUGCGAUGGCCGGUUCGGAGGGAGCUCUACGUUAAUGGCCGCAUGUUGGUUCUCCGUUUGACUGCUGAAGACCAUGACCUGCUCGACACAGCUGUCGCCUUCUUUCUGGAGCAGGUUUCCCUGGUGAGGUGGACCUUGCAGCACUUUUUGCACCCUCUUUUUGCUUAGUCUCCACACGGAAGAGGGGCUUAAACCUUGCCCAUGUGCCCUACCUUCAAGUGUGCUUCCAUUGGGCAUUUCUUUCUGCAAUAGUUUGAUCGGGCUUCAUCUUGUGUCUGUGGUGCUAUUUGAGGGCUCAGGGUCCACAUAGUUUGUUUGGUGAUUGUUAACUGCAGAAAAUAAAAGUGAGCUACUGUGCUGUCUCUGA